CCCGCCUCUUCUCUCUUUUCUCCUCUCUCAAAAGUUUCUCUCUCCGUUUUAAUGCCGGACUGAGAUUUCGGAUCUCAACUAAACAUCAUCAAGAGUGUCAGCGAUGUUAGGACGAGAGGAAGAUCUGCACGUCCGAACGAUGAGCGGGAGAGGGAGUUUAGGCUCCACAAGUCACCGGAGUAGUUUACCCGGAGCUUCCAGAAGCUUCAGAGACGUCUUCGCUCCUCAGGCGACGGACGAGGUUUUCGGGAGUAGUAAACGGAGAGACGAGGAUGACGUGGAGCUCCGGUGGGCGGCGAUAGAGAGAUUACCGACGUAUGAUAGGCUGAGGAAAGGGAUGUUGCCGCAAGAAGCGACGGUCAACGGGAAGAAUAGGCUUGAAGAAGUUGACUUAACGAAUCUAGAACCUAAGGAGAAGAAACAUCUCAUGGAGAUGAUUUUUAAGUUCGUUGAGGAAGAUAACGAGAAGUUUCUUCGUCGAUUGAGGGAGAGAACAGACAGAGUGGGGAUUGAAGUUCCAAAGAUUGAAGUAAGAUAUGAGAACAUAUCAGUGGAAGGAGAUGUACGUAGUGCAAGCAGAGCUCUUCCUACUCUCUUCAACGUCACACUGAAUACACUUGAGAGUAUUCUUGGAAUGUUCCACCUUCUUCCAUCUAAAAAGAGGAAGAUUCAGAUACUAAAAAACAUCAGUGGCAUUGUCAAACCAUCAAGGAUGACCUUACUACUUGGUCCACCAAGUUCAGGGAAAACAACUUUGUUACAAGCCUUGGCUGGAAAGCUAGAUGACACCCUCCAAAUGUCAGGGAAGAUAACUUACUGUGGUCAUGAGUUCCGAGAGUUUGUUCCUCAAAAGACAUGUGCAUACAUUAGUCAACAUGACCUUCACUUUGGAGAAAUGACUGUAAGAGAGACACUGGAUUUUUCUGGACGCUGUCUAGGUGUUGGGACACGGUACCAGCUGCUCACUGAGCUCUCAAGGAGGGAGAGAGAAGCUGGUAUAAAGCCAGACCCUGAAAUUGAUGCAUUCAUGAAAUCUAUUGCUAUAUCAGGGCAAGAAACUAGUUUGGUUACUGAUUAUGUACUUAAGAUACUUGGUCUUGACAUUUGUGCUGACAUACUUGUUGGUGAUGUGAUGAGACGAGGUGUUUCUGGUGGACAAAAGAAGCGUCUAACAACAGGAGAAAUGUUGGUAGGACCAGCAACAGCUCUUUUCAUGGAUGAAAUCUCAACAGGGUUGGAUAGUUCCACAACCUUCCAAAUCUGCAAGUUCAUGAGGCAACUAGUUCAUAUCUCAGAUGUUACAAUGAUCAUUUCUCUUUUGCAACCUGCACCGGAGACAUUCGAGCUUUUCGACGACAUCAUCCUGCUCUCAGAGGGCCACAUUGUCUACCAGGGCCCAAGGGAGAAUGUUCUUGAGUUCUUUGAGUACAUGGGGUUCCAGUGUCCCGAAAGGAAAGGUGUUGCAGACUUUCUACAAGAAGUCACCUCUAAGAAGGACCAAGAACAGUAUUGGAACAGGAGAGAUCAACCUUACAGCUAUGUCUCAGUGGAUAACUUCUCAAACGGCUUUAAGUCUUUUCACACAGGACAAGAACUCGCUUCAGAGAUCAGAACUCCUUAUGACAAAUCUAAAACCCAUCCUGCUGCUUUAGUGACACAAAAGUAUGGUAUAUCAAACUGGGAGCUCUUCAAAGCAUGCUUGGAUAGAGAAUGGCUUCUUAUGAAACGAAACUCCUUUGUGUAUGUGUUCAAGACCGUCCAGAUUACAAUCAUGUCCUUGAUCACCAUGACGGUAUAUCUCAGGACAGAGAUGCAUGUAGGCACAGUCCAAGAUGGUCAAAAGUUUUAUGGUGCUCUCUUUUUCAGCUUGAUCAAUGUAAUGUUUAAUGGUAUGGCUGAACUAGCAUUCACAGUGAUGAGGCUCCCUGUUUUCUACAAGCAGAGGGACUUCUUGUUCUAUCCUCCAUGGGCUUUUGCCUUACCAGCUUGGCUUCUAAAGAUUCCAUUGUCUCUUAUUGAGUCAGGAAUAUGGAUUGUUCUUACAUACUACACUGUAGGUUUUGCUCCUGCUGCUUCCAGGUUUUUCCGACAGUUGUUGGCAUACUUCUGUGUGAACCAGAUGGCACUUUCCUUGUUUAGAUUCCUUGGAGCUGUUGGAAGAACAGAAGUUGUCUCCAACUCUGUUGGAACCUUCACAUUGCUCAUUGUUUUUACUCUUGGAGGCUUCAUUAUUGCUAAAGAUGAUAUCCCACCAUGGAUGACUUGGGCUUAUUACAUAUCCCCUAUGAUGUAUGGACAAACUGCUAUUGUUAUGAAUGAGUUUCUCGAUGAGAGAUGGGGAGCUCCCAACACUGAUACCCGAAUUGACGCGAAAACUGUUGGAGAAGUCCUUCUGAAGAGCCGAGGCUUCUUUACAGAGCCAUACUGGUUUUGGAUCUGUAUUGUGGCGCUUCUUGGUUUCUCUUUGUUGUUCAAUCUCUUUUACAUCAUAGCAUUGAUGUAUUUGAACCCUCUUGGUGACUCUAAAGCUACAGUUGUGGAAGAAGGGAAAGAAAAACAGAAAAGGAACAGCCGUGGAACAGAAGAUUCUCUUGUGGAACUCAGUAACCGUUCAAGUAAUGGACCAAAGAGAGGAAUGGUUUUACCUUUUCAACCACUUUCUCUUGCAUUUCAAAAUGUGAACUACUACGUAGACAUGCCUGCAGAAAUGAAGGCUCAAGGGAUUGAAGGAGAUCGUCUCCAGUUACUAAGAGACGUUGGUGGAGCUUUCAGACCAGGCAUAUUGACUGCAUUGGUUGGUGUUAGUGGUGCAGGUAAGACAACCUUAAUGGAUGUCUUGGCAGGAAGGAAAACAGGAGGAUACGUGGAAGGGAGUAUUAGCAUAUCUGGCUACACAAAGAACCAAUCAACAUUUGCUAGAGUCUCUGGUUACUGUGAACAGAAUGAUAUCCAUUCACCACAUGUUACAGUUUAUGAAUCCCUCAUCUACUCAGCCUGGCUUCGCCUUUCCGCAGAUAUAGAUGCCAAAACAAGAGAGAUGUUUGUUGAAGAAGUGAUGGAGUUGGUGGAGCUAAAACCACUUAGAAACUCUAUAGUUGGACUCCCUGGAGUUGAUGGUCUUUCAACAGAACAGAGGAAGAGGCUUACUAUUGCAGUUGAAUUGGUUGCUAACCCUUCUAUAAUCUUCAUGGACGAGCCUACAUCUGGUCUUGAUGCAAGAGCUGCUGCUAUUGUUAUGCGUACUGUUAGAAACACUGUUGAUACAGGAAGAACUGUUGUUUGUACCAUUCACCAGCCUAGCAUCGACAUUUUUGAAUCUUUUGAUGAGCUUCUGUUGAUGAAACGUGGAGGUCAAGUUAUAUAUGCUGGAAGUCUUGGACAUCACUCACAAAAACUUGUUGAAUACUUUGAGGCUGUUGAAGGGGUUCCAAAGAUCAAGGACGGAUACAAUCCUGCAACAUGGAUGCUUGAUGUCACUACUCCUUCAAUGGAGUCACAAUUGAGUUUGGAUUUUGCUCAACUAUUCACCAACUCCUCUCUUUAUCGGAGAAACCAAGAACUCAUCAAAGAGCUUAGUACUCCACCACCAGGAUCCAAUGAUCUCUACUUCCCAACUAAGUAUUCGCAACCGUUUUUGACUCAAAUCAAAGCUUGCUUCUGGAAACAGUACUGGUCUAACUGGAGAUAUCCUCAGUACAAUGCCAUCCGGUUUCUCAUGACAGUAGUCAUUGGUGUUAUGUUUGGUUUGAUUUUCUGGCAAACAGGAACGAAAAUUGAGAAAGAGCAAGAUCUUAAUAACUUCUUUGGAGCCAUGUACGCUGCAAUACUUUUCCUUGGUGCCACCAAUGCUGCAACAGUUCAACCAGCAAUAGCCAUUGAGAGAACUGUGUUCUACCGUGAGAAGGCAGCUGGAAUGUACUCAGCUAUCCCCUAUGCAAUCUCUCAGGUGGCGGUGGAAAUCAUGUACAACACGAUACAAACAGCAGUCUACACGCUAAUACUUUACUCCAUGAUUGGAUAUGAUUGGACUGUGGCCAAGUUCUUAUGGUUUUACUAUUACAUGUUAACAAGCUUCAUCUACUUCACACUAUACGGUAUGAUGCUUGUCGCCUUGACACCAAACUACCAAAUCGCUGGCAUCUGCAUGUCUUUCUUCCUUAGUCUCUGGAAUCUCUUCUCCGGUUUCCUCAUACCAAGACCGCAAAUACCGAUAUGGUGGAGAUGGUACUAUUGGGCAACACCAGUGGCUUGGACGUUGUACGGAAUUAUAACAUCUCAAGUAGGAGACAAAGAUUCAAUAGUGCAGAUCGCUGGCGUGGGAGACAUGAGCCUCAAGACGUUGAUGAAAGAUGGGUUCGGGUUCGAACAUGACUUCUUACCAGUUGUAGCUGCUGCCCACAUCGGGUGGAUACUGCUCUUUGUCUUUGUGUUCGCUUAUGGUAUCAAGUUCCUCAACUUUCAAAGAAGGUGAUGAAGGAGAGAAGAAGAACCUGUUUGUAUGUAGAAAAUAGUGUUUUUGGAUGUUGUUGAAUUUCAUGUAAAUUUUCUUCUUUUAUUAUAUUGGUUUUUAAUAACAGCUUACGUAUCCAAAAUUAUGGUUUUGAUAUAAAAUAUUAUUUGUUUCUUUGAAAAAUAUGUACUACCAUUGGUAUUCUUGAUAUUUAUGUAAUGAUUCUCAUGAUAUAUGUAUACGUUCUUGAUA